GGGGCGGGCUCGUGGGCUAGUCCUCCUCCCUUCAUUAAACAGAGAAACGCUUCUGUCGUCUCAAAGUCUCACUCCCAAGCCUCAGCUUACGAGGUAACGAUCUCCGGUGGCUGCACACUGCAGGUGGUUUUUACUGACAGAAGGUUAAUUUCCAAGGCAAUGAGUUGAGAGUUUUAUCUUUCAACUUUUAUUUUUUUUAUUUGCGGAUAAAGCUUUGAAUUUUCUUUUUCUUUUUAUCAUUUCUUGUUUUUUUGGAAGGAAUGGUUUUAUUAGGUACUACUCAACAUAUUAGAUAAGUAGAUCAUACCAUCUUCUAGGUGACAUGUAUAGGGUUAGUCAAAACUCAUUUUCAUUUCAAAGAUGGUUGCAUACAUUAUCCCGUGCUGGCCCUUCGGAAACCUUGAAGAGAAAGGUUGCUGAAAUGGAGAAGAUGAAGAAAAGGAGGAACCUUAAGAAGGAUCAGUUGUUUGUGGAGGUUCCAGAAUCGAGAUCGUUUCUUGAUACAGCAACACUGCCAAUGGUUCUUGCUGUAGCUGGAAUUGCACUUUUUGCAAAGCUGCUCAUGAUGCAUGAUGAGUCAAAGUCCCAAGAACUGAUUGAGCGCAAAAUAAAGAAUGCUCCUCCUGGACAAGGCACAGUCAGGAUGCUUAGUCGUGAGGAGUGGGAGGAAUUUCGAGAAGUGAGACCAAGAACUCCUUUUGAAUCCAAGCUUGCUCGUCCAAAUGCAAAAAUAAGAACCGGAGAACCAUUGCAUAUGGAGGACUUGAAGAAUUGGACAAUUGAUGUUCUCACAGAUGCACUUACACGAGCUGAAGACUGUGCUAAUCGCAAGUAAAUGUAAUAUUAGUCAAGAAGCCCAUUCACUAUUUUUGCCCCCCUUAGUACGAACACUAUUUGUCAACUGAAUUGAAAACCUUAAUGAUUUUGAUGCCUAAUGUGUGUAAUUACACAUAUCUGUCUAUGGGUAUAUGGUUCGAAUGGAUUAACAUAGGAUCAAACUGGGGCCGAUGAAUUUAUUGGAUCUUUAGCAGAUUUAUAGAAGCAUAUAAUGUUUAACAUUGUAUGAUAUCAGCUUGGUUUAUCCCAAAAAGGAGGAUGAACUCUACAUUUGUACAAUUUUGAUUUCUUUUAAAUUUUAAAUUAUCAUUAGUGUUA